UCAUCAUCAUCUUCAUCAUCAGUCUCUCAGGAGCAGAACAGAAUGUCUGUGAGGAAACACAUCGUCCAGGAGAUGACCAACGUUCCCACAGAGAUCAUCAGCGACGACGACACACAGGAGCUGGAGGCUGAGGACCACCGGGAUGGGAAGGACGAGUUCUCCUCCUCGCUGCCUUCUUCGUCAUCAGCUCGAAACACUCGCAGGAGAGAGCGUGAAAACCAAAGCCAACCCAAAGAGAUGACCGAGGAGGAGAUGAUGGACCUGGCUCUGCGUCUGAGCGAACAGGAAGCCAGCCACACGGCGCUCCAGCUGCAGCGGGAGGAGGAGGCCAUGAUGAAGGCCAUCCAAGAGAGCAAACAGAACCGGCUUCAUGGAUCCAGGUUUAUUAACCGACAUGGACCCGGUUCCAAAAGGCCGCUGCCUUCAGAACCAGCAUUAAAUAUGGUCGUCCAGUCUCAGCCGGGCUCGCCAUCCCAGAGUCAGAGCCCCCCCGCCCACGCCUUGCUCCGACGCAGACCCCCGUGCUCCAAUGGGACGAGGCCGCCGCCCAUCGACCAGGAAGUCUCCAGGGACGUGUGUACGCCGGAGAUCGACCUGACCCAGGAAACAAAAAGAGCGGGAGAAGAAAUAAAGAACAGGAAUAAAAAGCGGAAAAGGAAAGAAGGAGUUCCUCUGGAGACGUCCGGCGUUUCCCAGACGACGGAGUCUCAGGCGUCGCCCGGCGGCUCCGAGCCUCUGGACUCACUGUCUCUGCUCCACAAGUCGCCCGUCUUCCUGUCAGCUGACGUCCGGGCGCUGGUCCACGUGCCGCGGCUCAGCCAGGACCUGCUGGAGACCUGCAGGAGCUCAGGGUUCGUCUUGUGCUCUCAGGACACGAGUGCCUCCCCUCAGACGUCAGCUCAACCCAAGAGCCCCACGUUUCCCAGAAGCCCCGGGAACCUGGCGUCCUGUCCGAGGAGUCCCGCCUCUCUGCAGGAGGAAGACGAGGAAGAAACGCAGCGGACGCAGAGUCCCGAGUUCUUAACAAGUCCCGUGUUCGGCAGGAACUCUCCACCUGAGACGAGUCCCAGAGCCUGCAGGCCUCUCCUCCGGGUCUGUGAGACCUCCUCCUCUGAGGAGAGUGUGACCUCCUCUGUGAGGACCACUCCCGCUCGCCAUCAGAGCCCCGCCUUCCCAAGAAGCCACGCCCCUCCCCCGGAGAGAUCACCGAUCUGCGGCAGCCCCGUCUUCUCAGCUGAGCCGGGUCACGGCCCUUCUCCCAGUCCGGUGUUCGGCAGGAACCACAGACGAGAGGUCGGUGAUGACGAGCCGAAGACGUCUGUGGUUCCUUCAGAGGUCGAAAGGUCAAACAGUGAAGUGAGUCGAGCCGUCGGCGAGGAGUCUUCUCAGAGGCCGACGCAGCGCUGCAGCUCUGAGCCUCAUCAGGAGGACGCCCGGUGGACCAGGACCCCCGUGGCGUCUCUGUCAGAAGGUUCACAGGAGACGCCUGCAGACCUGAACCCAGCAGAGACGGAGCUGACCAGCGACAUGACGCUGCUCUGGUCUGACAAGGACGAGGACGUCACGCCGACAGGUUCUCCGAGCCCGGUCUUCCCAGAGGAGAGAGGCGCUGGUCGGGCAGAGGUUCGGGUUUCCUCCCUGAACCACGACUCAGCAGAUUCUCCAGGAGCAGAGCGGAGAAACAGCUCCGCAGAGCGACAGCCAGGCGGCAGCGGGGGGGCGGGUGCUCCGCCUGCAGUGGGCCCGACGGUCCAGUACCACUGGGGGGUGCCGUUCUGCCCCCGGGGCCUGGACCCGGACCGCUACACACAGGUGAUCCUGGCUCAGAUGGACGUUUACAACACCAGUCUGAAACGGGCUCAGAGGCGUCUGCUGAGGAAGGCGCCGUGGGGGGGCGCCAUCCUGCCGCAGCCGGAGAAAUCUCCUUCACCGGAGUCGUUUGCAGAUUCUCCUCCACGUGUUGUUCUGAGAAGACGAGGUCUCAGGUUGAAGAAGACAAACGAGAGUGAAGAGUCUCCUCCAGCUGAGGAAGAGGAGGAGGGAGGGGAGCAGAGGGAUGAAGAGGAGGCAGAGAAGCAGAAGAGUGAGGGAGGAGAAGAAGAGAGGAUGGAUACUGACGACUGUGACGUUUGUCCAGAAACUCAACUGAGUAACAACGAUGACGAGGAAACACAAGAUCUGACGACUGACGCUGGAGCCGAGCUCCGACCUGAAGGUCCUGAGCUCCCUGAGGUCCAGAUGAUUCCUGGAGAAGAUCCUCCAGCCGCGGUCGAGCCGACGCCGCGGGAGCACAAGGACGAGAUGGAGGUGGACGUCUGUGGAUCAAAGGAGGGAAACAUCCCUGUCGCCGGCGCUGGACGUCCACCUCAGAGAGAGGAGGAGGACCUGGAGGACGGCGUGGAUCCAGAUGUGGAGGAGACGAAGGUCCAGCGGCUGGUGGAGCCCGGCGCCCCCCCUCCCCGACCCGAGGCCAGCGUGGCCUGUCCCAUGUGUCAGGGAUCCUUCCCCGUGACGAGGAUCGAGCGGCACGCGGCGUUCUGCGACGGAGACGUGUCGGUGCUGGACGAGCGAGAACCCGGAGUGUCGUCGAAGCCUCGGAGGAAGCGUCGGCGAGCUGAGGUCCCUGAAGCCGAGGAGACGAGCGACUCCGCCAGCAGCAGCAGGAACCAAGAGAAGUGCUUCCUCUGUCAGAAGAAGUUUUCUCUGAGAGAAUACACCCGACACACCGAGCUGUGCCUGCAGCGCCGGACCCAGAAGUCUGAGAGCAGAGGAAAUCUGCUCUCAGCUCUGGAACAAACAGAAAGCCGAGGAUCAGAAGCCGGGCCGUCGGGAACCAGAGUCCAGCCGGCAGAGGUCAUCGACCUGCGGGACGAAGACGACGAUGAAGAGGAGGAGGAGGAGGACGGCGUGCGGGCGCUGAGGGUCAGCAGCUCGCCCAUCAGGUCCUUCACUCCCAUCUCAGAGGCCACGGGCUGCCUCAUCGACUUCAGGAGGCAGCAGCGAGCCAAGAAGCCCAGUCACCGGAGGAGAUGAGGACGAGCUCCAGAGGACGGACGUCUCCGGGACACACGUCUCCGGGACAGACGUCUCCUGGACGGACGUCUCCAGGACAGAACACAUCAGGAACCAGAGCCUUAAAUAGAACCUGCAGGUUCCUCAGGACGUGAAGUUGGAACGAAGACGAGAGACUUUUCCUCCUGAUGGAUUUUCAAGCAGCUGAACGUCCCAAUCUGCAAAAUCUCAUUUCUGUGCCACUCUGUGUUUUUUGUGUGUCUGUUUUGCGUUGAGGAUGUUUGUGUUAACCUCCGUGCGUCCAACAACAGAAGCAUCAACACACCACUCUGAUCGGAAAGGUCUCCACCACGUCGGAGCAGAUCUACAUGAAUUUGAUUUACAGAUUUUCAUCUUAUCAAACAGCGUGAACCAGUUUCUAAAAACCAUCCUCAAGAAACGUUUUACUUUGUUUUCUUUUGUCAUUUCCUGUCUGUGACCUUGAAACCUGUAUCUGCACUUUACACUGACUUUGGCAGUUAGUGACUCAGCAGAAGUGAAGUCACUGAACCCACCUGUUGGCUCACCGGAGACACGAGGUCUGAGGACAGAUCCUCGUGUCCCCGGUGGAACCUCGAUGUCACAUCGAACCGUCGGCCUGAGGUUUCCUGUGAGUCUCUGUCACAACGUUCGGUUUCAUCAGCAGCGUCAAAGACAAAGAAACGAGGAACAAGCAUCGAUCUGAACCUUCACCUCAGGACUCACCAGGGGACGGACCAGGACGGGUGUCUCAGCGAGACGUCCAACUCACUCAGUCAAUCACACUUUCUGAUAAUUAAGAUUCAGAUUUACUGGAUGUUGUCCUGUCAGUUGUUCAAUGGAAUUCAUCACGUGAUCAAAAGUCCAGAAUCAAAUAAAUCCACUCGUUUGAAGAUUCUUUGUAGAUUUUGUCUUUUUAAUAAUUGUUUCU